AUGUUAUCAGUGAACCCCCAGAAGCUCAAGCGUGCGCUCGUUUGGCUUCGGGCGAACAACCUACUAUACCGGGAUAUUAGUAUUAGUGAGGAUCAUCUUAGGACCUGGGGGGAAUGGUCUCCCGGAACUGAGGUACCCCAGGGACUUGUGGAGAGAAUGGUGGCGUAUGAGAAGCGUGCCGAAGACGAAAUCCGUACAGGAUACUAUGUCCCUCCUGCUGAGCGAGGUCGCCCUGAUGAACCUUUGCGUAAUGCUCACGAUGUUAUUGCAAGUCUAGAAGAUAGGGAAACCAAUGCUGCGCACCUCGAAGCUGAAAGCAACGCUAGGCUAGGGGGAAUCCAUGCGGGUGAUUGCGACCCAUUUGAUAUGGACCCUCGUCGGAUAGAUGAAGAGCUGUCCGAGUUAACCUCAACUGGACUAAUGGCUACUGAGGUAUCUGGAGAGCAUAGCCUACAAGAACGACUCAGGAUUCUUCGAGAAGCAAUAGUGAGAGGGCCCUAG